UUUAUAUUUUAAUAUUAAAUAACGUUAGAAAUUGUACUUGUAUUUGCAUUUUGUUCAUAAGUGCCCGCUAUAGUACGGUAUUUUUACCAUGCUAUUUAAUUUUACAAAUAUAGUUGCGUGACUCUUUCAUAGUUCCCAAAUAACUGCAGGAAUUCGGUCAUUAACCAGGAGAAAGUUAGUCCAUUAAGCCAUUGCCAAAUUAUUAUUGGAAGAUGAAUACCUCAAACUUACUUAGAUCCAUGGUCGGGAGUACACUGUUCAGGAAUCACAGACAUUUGCCCAGGUACAUGAAACCGUUAAAUUUCUGCAAAAUGUCAGUAUCAAGUAACGCAUCUCAACUAAUCACUCAAAAGACGAAAGAAUCUUUUGAGGACGCGCUUCCAAGCAUCAUGGACACUAUCACUACUAACACACAGUUUGCAGACGUACCUGAAGUUGGGAAUUGGGUGAAAAAGACGCUGGAUUAUAACUUAGGAGGAGGGAAGAAAACAAGAGGCAUGACCACACUCCUUGCCUAUGAGAUGUUUGAGAAAGCAGGGAAUGUAACUGACGAAACUAUUCAUUCAGCGAAAAUGCUUGGCUGGUGUGUGGAGAUGCUGCAAGCAUACCUCCUCAUACUAGACGACAUAAUGGACAGCUCGUCGACGCGCCGCGGCAUGCCGUGCUGGUACCGUCUGCCGGACGUCGGCACGCGCGCCAUCAAUGACGCCAUCCUGAUUUACUCCUCCAUGUUCCACGUCAUCAAGACGCAGUUCGGGGGAGAGAAGUUCUAUACUAAGAUAUUGGAAUUGUUUAAUGAGACUCUCUUCCAAACCUCAAUCGGGCAACACCUAGAUCUGACGAUGGCGAAUCGUCACAAAAAUGACUACAGUCUGUUCACGAUAGAACAGUACAACGCUAUCGUCAAGUACAAGACUGCGUACUACACGUUCAAGCUGCCGGUGUGUUUGGGCUUGCUGUUGGCCAACAACACAGACCCGGCCAAGCAUAAGAAGGUUGAGGACAUCUGCCUCGAUAUUGGCAGAUUCUUUCAAAUACAGGAUGACUACAUAGACUGCUACGGCGACGAAUCAGUAAGCGGCAAGAAAGGCACGGACAUCCAAGAGGGCAAGUGCUCCUGGUUCGCGGUGCAGGCACUGCAACGGUGCGACGCCAACCAGAGGACCGUGUUCAGCGCCUGCUACGGCAGCCACGAGCCGGCGCAUAUUGAGCGGAUAAGGAUACUAUACAGACAGUUACAACUGCCGGAACUUUACGCGGAAACGGAAGCGAAAAUGUACGACACGCUGAUAAGCCAAGCCCGAGCGAUGCCUGAAGAUCUGUCGCCUACUCUAUUCGUCAAACUUAUUGAUAUGCUCAACAAGAGGAGCUAUUGAUCUAUACUGGAAAAAUGGUAUUUGUGUGUAGGUAGAUAAAUAACAUAAAAAUAAUACAUGUUUGUACAUUUUCCAAAGCUCUCGGUUAAAGUUUAUUGUUUAGAGGCGUUAUUCAUAAACGCGUUACUGGCCUGAAUUAUAG